GGGCGUGGGGCCGGAGCGCGCAUGCGCAGUGGCGGCGGGAGGGGCGGGGCCUGGGCUGUCAGCCGCCCGCAGAAGAGGAAGCCUUGGACAGCGCGGGGUGUAAGGGGCGGGCCCGGGAGGCCUGCUGAGGGUCGGGCGGCAGAGGCCGGGCCAUGCGGGAGUGCUGGGCCGUGGGGCCGCCGGGGCCGGUGGUGGUGGCCGCCACCGUGGUGCUGCUGCUGAGCGGCGUGGGCCCGGCGCGCGGCUCCGAGGACAUCGUGGUGGGCUGCGGAGGCUUCGUCAAGUCGGACGUGGAGAUCAACUACUCGCUCAUCGAGAUAAAGUUGUACACCAAACACGGGACUUUGAAGUACCAGACAGACUGUGCCCCUAACAAUGGUUACUUUAUGAUCCCCUUAUAUGAUAAGGGAGAUUUCAUUCUGAAGAUUGAGCCUCCCCUAGGGUGGAGUUUUGAGCCGACCACCGUGGAGCUCUACGUGGAUGGCGUCAGCGACAUCUGCACAAAGGGCGGGGACAUCAACUUUGUGUUCACGGGCUUCUCUGUGAAUGGAAAGGUUCUCAGCAAAGGGCAACCCCUGGGGCCCGCAGGAGUUCAGGUGUCUCUGAGAAACACGGGCACCGAAGCCAAGAUCCAGUCCACGGUCACACAGCCUGGUGGAAAGUUUGCAUUUUUUAAAGUUCUUCCUGGUGAUUACGAAAUCCUUGCAACGCAUCCGACCUGGGCACUGAAAGAGGCAAGCACCACUGUGCGAGUCACCAACUCGAAUGCCAACGCCGCCGGGCCCCUCAUCGUGGCUGGCUACAACGUGUCUGGCUCUGUCCGCAGUGACGGCGAACCCAUGAAAGGCGUGAAGUUUCUUCUCUUCUCUUCUCUAGUAAGCAGAGAGGAUGUUCUGGGCUGCAACAUCUCCCCAGUGCCCGGGUUCCAGCCACAGGACGAGAGUCUGGUGUAUUUGUGCCACGCGGUUUCCAAAGAAGACGGCUCCUUCUCUUUCUAUUCCUUGCCAAGCGGGGGCUAUACUGUGAUUCCAUUCUAUAGAGGGGAGAGGAUUACCUUUGACGUUGCUCCUUCCAGACUUGACUUUACGGUGGAACAUGACAGCCUGAAAAUUGAGCCUGUGUUCCACGUCAUGGGAUUCUCUGUCACCGGGAGGGUCUUGAAUGGACCUGAAGGAGAGGGCGUUCCAGACGCAGUGGUCACCCUGAACAACCAGAUCAAAGUCAAAACAAAAGCUGAUGGCUCAUUCCGUCUGGAGAACAUAACAACUGGGACAUACACCAUCCAUGCGCAGAAAGAGCACCUCUUCUUUGAAACCGUCACCAUCAAAAUCGCACCCAACACGCCUCAGCUGGCUGACAUCAUCGCCACAGGGUUCAGCGUCUGCGGCCAGAUAUCAAUCAUCCGCUUCCCUGACACUGUCAAGCAGAUGAGUAAAUACAAAGUUGUCCUGUCCUCUCAAGACAAGGACAAGUCUUUGGUCACUGUGGAGACAGAUGCUCAGGGAUCAUUUUGUUUUAAAGCGAAACCAGGGACCUACAAAGUCCAGGUGAUGGUUCCUGAGGCGGAGACCAGAGCUGGGCUGACGUUGAAACCCCAGACGCUGCUUCUGGCUGUGACUGACAGGCCUGUGAUGGAUGUGGCCUUUGUGCAGUUUUUGGCAUCAGUUUCUGGGAAAGUCUCUUGUUUGGACACCUGCGGUGACUUGCUGGUGACCCUGCAGUCCAUGAGUCGCCAGGGUGAGAAGCGGAGCCUGCAGCUCUCCGGCACCGUCAACUCCAUGACUUUCACAUUUGACAAUGUGCUGCCUGGAAAAUACAAAAUAAGCAUCAUGCAUGAAGAUUGGUGCUGGAAGAACAAGAGUCUGGAGGUGGAAGUUCUGGAGGACGAUGUGUCCGCGAUUGAGUUCCGGCAGACGGGCUACAUGCUGAGAUGUUCCCUUUCUCAUGCCAUCACUCUGGAAUUUUAUCAGGAUGGAAAUGGACCUGAGAACGUGGGGAUUUAUAACCUCUCCAAAGGAGUCAACCGAUUCUGCCUGUCCAAGCCUGGCGUGUACAAGGUGACCCCUCGCUCCUGCCACCGGUUCGAGCAAGCAUUCUACACCUAUGACACGUCUUCACCCAGUAUCUUGACGUUGACAGCCAUUCGCCACCACGUCCUUGGAACCAUCACCACUGACAAGAUGAUGGAUGUCACCGUGACCAUCAAGUCUUCCAUUGACAGUGAGCCCGCCCUGGUCCUCGGCCCCCUGAAGUCCGUGCAGGAGCUGCGGAGGGAGCAGCAGCUGGCGGGGAUCGAGAGCCGCAGGCAGGAGAGGGAGAAGAACGGUGGGGAGGACAGCAGCGGGGGAAGGACCAAGCCCCCCGCGCAGGAGAUGGUGGACGAGCUCCAGGGCCCCUUCUCCUACGACUUCUCUUACUGGGCACGGUCCGGAGAGAAAAUCACUGUCACACCCUCGUCUAAAGAGCUGCUCUUUUAUCCUCCUUCCAUGGAAGCCACCGUCAGUGGAGAAAGCUGCCCAGGGAAGCUGAUUGAGAUCCAGGGGAAAGCAGGCUUAUUUCUAGAAGGUCAGAUCCACCCAGAGCUGGAAGGAGUUGAGAUUGUCAUCAGUGAAAAGGGGGCAAGUUCACCCCUGAUCACAGUCUUUACCGAUGACAAAGGUGCCUAUAGCGUUGGGCCCCUGCAUAGUGACCUGGAAUAUAGCGUGUCCUCACAGAAGGAGGGCUACGUUUUGACUGCAGUGGAAGGAACCAUAGGAGACUUUAAGGCUUAUGCCUUGGCAGGCGUGAGCUUUGAGAUAAAAGCUGAAGAUGACCAGCCCCUCCCCGGGGUCCUCUUAUCCCUCAGCGGUGGUGUGUUUCGUUCGAACCUCCUGACUCAGGACAAUGGCAUUCUGACCUUCUCAAACCUGAGCCCCGGCCAGUAUUACUUCAAGCCCAUGAUGAAGGAGUUCCGCUUCGAGCCAUCCUCACAAAUGAUUGAGGUGCAGGAGGGACAGAACUUGAAGAUCACCAUCACCGGCUACCGCACAGCCUACAGUUGCUAUGGUACAGUUUCUUCCUUAAAUGGAGAACCAGAACAGGGUGUUGCCGUGGAAGCAGUGGGACAGAACGACUGCAGUAUUUAUGGAGAAGACACCGUGACAGAUGAAGAAGGGAAGUUCAGGUUACGUGGAUUGCUGCCAGGAUGUGAAUACCACAUUCAGCUCAAGGCAGAAGGCAACGACCACAUCGAGCGGGCCCUCCCCCACCACCGGGUGAUUGCGGUUGGGAAUAACGACAUCGAUGAUGUGAACAUCAUAGUUUUCCGGCAGAUAAAUCAAUUUGACUUAAGUGGAAAUGUGAUCACCUCCUCCGAGUAUCUUCCCACAUUAUGGGUAAAGCUUUACAAAAGUGACAACCUCGACAACCCGAUCCAGACGGUAUCCCUGGGCCAGUCCCUCUUCUUCCACUUCCCGCCGCUGCUCAGAGACGGCCAGAAUUACGUGGUGCUUCUGGACUCCACGCUGCCCAAGUCCCAGUACGACUACGUCCUGCCGCAAGUGUCCUUCACGGCAGUGGGCUACCAUAAGCACAUCACCUUGAUUUUUAAUCCCACGAGGAAGCUGCCCGAGCAGGACAUCGCGCAGGGAUCCUACAUCGCCCUGCCGCUGACGCUGCUCGUCCUGCUGGCCGGCUACAACCACAACAAGCUCAUUCCCUUGCUACUGCAGCUGACAAGUCGACUGCAGGGAGUCCGAGCCCUCGGCCAGGCGGCCUCUGACACUAGUGGCCCGGAAGACGCAAAGAGACAAGCCAAGAAACAGAAGACAAGGCGGACGUGAGAGAAGAGGCCACAGAAAUCUCCCUGGGGACGGGCGGUGACCCAGGGGCCACCGCCCGCCCCUGGCGUGAAAGACGCAUGUGACUCACCCCAGCACGCGCCGUUGGCCCUGGGCUCCUCCGUCGGGUCUGCGUAGCCGCGCGUCCCCGCCCUCCUCUCGUCCAGCCCCUGGUUCAAUGCCGUGAAUGGAUCCUCCUGUCACUCUGCUGAACACAAUUUGUUUUCUGAGUUGAAGAUAAUUUAUUAAUAUUAUUUUUGUCAAAGAAAUAUUUAAGCUGUGCUGGUGGUGUGAGAAUGUAACCCCUCAUUUCAGCGUUCAUGUGUAAGAAGAGCUCCAGCAAACGUGGGGUUUGGCACGUGAUCAGGCACCCGUUGGAUUUACCUUUCCCUUCACUUCCCUUUGCAUCUGAGACCCCUGCUAGAAACUGCACAGCCUGUAUGUACCACUAGGAGGGUAUGUUAAGAGGUAAAAAUCAAUAAAACUGACCAUUUGUUUGUGUCAUG